AUUUACAAAUUUGACGGCAUUCGUCUCCUCGGUGCAGUAUAGGUAUAAGUGGAGUCCCAAUUCCGAAAAGCAGAGAAUAAAGAGAGAAAAUGAGGCCACAGAUCGUGUUAUUUGGCGAUUCAAUAACGCAGCAGUCUUUUGGAUCAGGUGGUUGGGGUGCUUCUCUUGCCGACAAUUACUCCCGCAAGGCCGAUGUGGUGGUUCGUGGCUAUGGUGGUUACAACACUCGAUGGGCUCUGUUCUUGUUGCAUCACCUUUUUCCUCUUGACUCCUCAAAACCUCCAGUUGCUGUCACAAUAUUCUUUGGGGCUAACGAUGCAGCUCUAAAAGGGAGAACCUGUGACAGGCAACAUGUUCCUGUGGAGGAAUACAAAGAGAAUCUAAGGAAAAUUGUUCAGCAUUUGAAGGAGUGCUCGCCUGCCACAUUAAUUGUGCUUAUUACUCCACCACCGAUUGAUGAAGAAGGGCGCAAACAGUAUGCCAUAUCUGUAUAUGGUGAGAAAGCUACGGAAUUGCCAGAAAGGACAAAUGAAAUGGCAGGAGUUUAUGCAAGGCAAUGUGUUGAGUUAGCAAAGGACCUAGGAAUUCGUUCCAUUGAUAUAUGGUCCGCGAUGCAGGAAGCAGAGGGUUGGCAGAAAAAAUUUUUGAGUGAUGGCUUGCACCUGACACCAGAAGGUAAUGCUGUAGUCUAUCAAGAAGUUAUAAGAGUGUUCAAUGAUGCAUGGCUCUCUGCUGCAGAAAUGCCAUAUGAUUUCCCUCACCACUCCGAAAUUGAUGGAAAGAACCCUGAAAAAGCUUUCCAACAACGAUGCAUAUAAAAAUGCAGUCUGUUCGUGUUUAUUCUUUAAUGAAUCUAUUGGAUCCAAAGUUCAAAACCUAGAAUAUUUUGAUUUUUCCCCUGAUUAUUUGAACACUGCUGCUUCAGUGUUUGUAUUGCAGAAAGCGUUUGUUCUUUCUGCUAUUGCACAACAAUGGACAUUUUCUGUUACUAUUGAAAUUGAAGCCACCAUCUUCCUCGUAGCUUUUCACCUAUUUUAUCGUUUCAUCCCUGUAAUUGAUUGCUCUUAUCUUGACCUUGAAAUGUUUUAAAUCCGUUUAAGCAAGCAUGUGAAAUGGAUGAGUACGUUGAAUUGCAUA